AUGCGUUUGGUCGUCAAGGGCAUGCGCUGCCAGAAGAACUGCGCGACGCGCAUCCAGUCGGCCCUUGAGGCCGUGCCCGGCGUCGCCUCGGCCAGCGUGAGCUUCAAGGACAAGGCGGCGACCGUGCAAUGCGACGCAUCUGUCUCGGCGGUCGAGCUCAUCCACGCCGUGCGCAGCCUCGACGCGGGUGCGACCAAGAGCUUUGACGCGUACAUGGCCGGCGACGACCGCUCGGUGCGCAUCGUCCAACUUGGCGUCGAGGGCAUGAGCUGCCAAAUGAACUGCGCGGCCAAGGUGCAAGCCGCGCUCAGCGAGGCCAACGGCGUGCAAGCGGCCACCGUUGACUUUGAGCACCGGGUCGCGACCAUCACGAUUGCACCGGGCAGUCGCAUCACCGAGACCGACCUCAUUGUGGCGAUCGAGAGCAUCAAGGGCAAAAAGUUCAAGGCGUCCGUGCACGACCCAUCAGCGACUGCGCCGGCUGUCCACGAGACUGCUGCGGCGCCGCCGGCCGUCACGGUCGUCGUCCAUCCGGCCGUCGAGACGGGCGACGUGACGCUGACGGUUGUCGGCAUGACGUGCAACUCGUGCGCCAACUCGGUCGAGACCGCGCUCCGCAGCACGGACGGCGUCCUCUCGGCGGUCGUCAACUUUGCCACCGAGAGCGCGUACGUCAAGUUUGCCAAGGACAAGGUCGGCAUCCGGUCGCUCGUUGAAGUUGUCGAGGCCAUUGGGUACGAAGCGUCGGUCGCGACCGGGGUCGACGACAGCUGCGUCGGCCGAGAACCGGCUCGUCGAGGUCGCGGCGUGGAAGCGCCGGCUGUACCUCUCGCUCUUCUUUACCUUUCCGAUCGUGAUUCUCAUGACGGUGCUCGACAACAUCCCGCAAGUC